CACACCCAUAAAUCCAAACCGGACCCGAACCGCUAAAGCGCGCCCACCCCAGAGCGUCUGGUUCUAAUUCUCCUAACCGAAAACCGCAAAGCUCGAGCUACGAAAGCAUGUUGAGUCACCACCACCGGCAAGCCAGCGCGCGUGAGCUCAUAAACACGGCAACGCAAGUGGUGGCGGCGCUGAUCACCCACCCGCACACUUUAGCAUCCUCCGGUAACCAACGCCUUUCAUCCCAAUCUCACUGCUCCUUCGCCACCAUGACCGGAAACGACGCGUCGCUCGAAGCUAUAUUCCGGCGGAAGCACUCGCUCCGGUCCAGAAUCCGCAAGGAGCUCAAGAACAUGGACCCGACCCGGAGAUCCGAAGAAGAUGCUGCGAUUCAGAGCAUUGUGUUGACUGCUCCAUGGUUCAAGUACAGUAAGAGUAUAUGUGCUUAUAUAAGCUCUCCUGAGCUGCGAGAAGUAGAUACUUCAAGGAUUGUGUCAGAAAUUCUAUCGAAUUCGGGCAAUGGUCAAGAAGGUGAUGUGCUGACCAGGAGAAAGCUUUACGUUCCGCGGGUUGAGGAUAGGAAUAGUAAUAUGCGCAUGCUGAGGAUUAACAGUGUUGGUGAUCUGAUUGUGAAGUCUAUGAACGUUUUGGAACCUGCGCUUUCGGAUGCCGAGGGGAAACAAUAUGAAGAUGCUAUGGAGGCAAAGGAUCCAGUUGACUUGUUCAUCCUACCUGGUCUUGCUUUUGACAGAUGUGGAAGACGUUUAGGCCGUAGUGGAGGUUAUUAUGACAUGUUCCUAAAGAAGUACCAAAAGCUCGCAAAAGAUCGGAAAUGGAAGGAUCCCCUCUGUGUUGCGCUAUCAUAUUCAAUACAGAUCGUGGAGGAAGGAGCCAUACCUGUCACUUUGAAUGAUGUUUCUGUGGAUGCUCUUGUAUCCCCAGCUGGUUUUGUUCCAAUAAGCCCAGCUGCUUGGAAGAGAUGUGCCUGAAAGGAGCAGUCUGUAUUCAACUAUCUAGAUCCAAGAUGUUUCUGUAUCUGGUGAGGGCCUACUAGGAAUUCACAGCUCUUUUAUUUAGAUAGUCAUCCUUAUGAUUCAAGAUAGUCUCUCUCUCUCUCUCUCUCUCUCUACCCUUAGGUGGAGGAAAUAGUUAUAUUGAUUUAGCUGCUCACUCCUGAGUCCUGACUGAGCAAUGAUACGCAGCAUUAGAAAUUUGGGACUCCAGAAUGUUGUGUGGGAAUUGUAAGAUUUGCUGGAUAACCAGAAGCAGGGGACCCUGCCUGUAUCAAGGAUCCCGUAUACAUAUAAGUUUUAAUCAGUUAUACUUGUCUAAUACAAUUCAGAGUUCGUUAUCAUUA